AUGUCUAGGAAUUAUGACAACUGGGAGAGGUUGGUGAGAGCUGUGCUACAGCGAGAGCAUGAUCGGGAAGUGGCCCGUAGAGAUUCGAUAAGCACAAGCUCCGGUUCCACUUCCAUAUCUUUGGAUUUUGAUGAACGAUCAUUGAGUUUGCCAAGAGAAGAACUUGAAAAUAAGAGAAAUGACGGGAAACUACUGGUUGUUGGCAAAGCACCGAAAAAAAGGGACCUAUAUAAAUGGACAGAUGCACUUAAACAGCUGCAGAAGUCUAGAGGUCCCAAUCUUGUUGGAAUGCGCCAUUUCGUGUACUCAAGAAUAGAAUUGAGAUACAAGUUUUUGGAAAGUGAUGAAGACCGGGACUUGCUUUUGCUAUGUUCUCUAUUCGCUGAAGAUGAAAGUAUUCCAAUUGAAAAUUUGGUUAGAUAUGCAAGGGGAUUAGAGUUGUUUCCAGAUACUGAGACGCUCAGCGAAACUAGAGAUCGAGCAUAUUCAAUUGCGCAUAAUCUAAAAAGUUGUAAUUUAUUGCAACGGGGUGAGGAUGAGGAAGACGAGGUGAAAUUGCAUGAUGUUAUCAGAGAUUUUUGCUUACAGAUGGCAUAUGAAGACAAACGUGGAUAUAUGGUGAAACAUGCUGGUUUGAAAGAGUGGCCAGAACACGAUGCCGAAUCGUACAGUGCCAUCUCAAUUACAUUUGAUAAGCUGGAUCAGCUUCCAAGCGGGUUGAAAUAUCGGAACGUUAAGUUGUUACGGGUGAUAUGUCGCAAGUUGGGAGGAUGUAACAUUUCAGAAGAAUUUUUCAAAGAUAUGAAGGAUCUCAGAGUUCUUGAAUUGAUAGGAAUGUACAUUCAAAUUCCAUCAUCAAUCGAAUUGUUGACGGGUCUUCGAACUCUAUGCUUGAUUGACUGUCAAAUACAUUCCCAAUUAUCAAUGAUUGGGAGUCUAAAGAAGUUGGAAAUUCUCUCUUUCAAUGGUUCUUCUUCCGAUGAUUAUUUUUCCAUUGAGUUAGCGAAUCUUAGCAACAUAAGGUCACUUGAUUUGAGGUUUGAGGAGUCGUCCUGUCCACUUCGACCUGGUGUUUUGUCGGAUAUGAAGAAACUGGAAGAGCUGUACUUGGGAGGUAGCAUUCCAAUAGAAGGUGAAGACACCAAGAUAUUGAGUGAGUUAGAUGAAAAUGGUUUCAUUAACUUGAAGACACUGAUUAUAUCAAGUGAGAUAUGCAAUGGAAAUCUUCCAAGGGGUGUCAUCAAACCUCAAUUGUUCUGUAACCUUGUGAGCAUUAAGUUGUCUUAUUGUGAUGCAAUUAGAAGCUUGUUUCCAGAGUCAAUUGCAAACAACUUGGUAAAUCUCCGAAGGCUAUCCAUAGACGAAUGCCCGAUGUUAGAGGAAGUUGUUUCAACGGACGCACGAGAAAAUGAAGUUACCAAAACUUGCAAAAUGCUCGAGUUUCCAAAACUGAGAGAUGUCAAGCUGGAGAAUUUGAGUAGCUUUAAGAGCUUCACAUCUCAAUCAAAUAGCGGUGUCGUUCAUCAAACGUUGUUCAAUCAGGUCAACUUUCCUCACAUGGAGGAGUUGACUGUUCACGGGUUGGGUUGUAUAGUAAAGCUACUAGGCAAGGAAAUAUCUCUGCCUAUGCUAAGAGCCGUGAUGGUGUCGAAUUGUCAUGAAUUGCUGACCAUUGUGGAAUCUGAUUCAAUUCAGUUACUGCAAAAUCUUGAAGAUCUUCAAUUGAAUGAUUGUGAAGCACUUGAAGUAUUGUUUGACUUUGAGGGUAUGAAUUCCACUAAUGAUGAUGCAGAAAUUAAUGUGCUUGGUCGAUUAACAUCAUUGUGGCUAUUCGCACUACCAAAAUUGGUGCACAUUACAAGGAUGGUUCCAAAAGGAAUUCGCGUCUUCCAAAAUUUGACAAAUCUUAGAGUUGACUAUUGUGAGAGCUUAAGAUACUUAUUCUCACCUUCAAUGGCCAAUUCUCUUGUGGCUCUGAAAGUACUAGUGGUUUCAGAAUGUGAAUCAAUUAAAGCGAUUGUUGGAAAAGAAGAAGAAGAAGGCACUUCAGAGAUCAAAAGAGUUGAAGGAAUGAAAACCAGAAUUGAGUUCCCUAAGUUGGACUUUCUACUGCUCUGGGAUAUGUCAAGUAUUCAAAUGUUUUGCUCUCAGAACUGUGAUCUUGUGUUCCCUUUAUUGAAGGGUCUGAAAAUUAUAAAUUGCCCUAUGAUGCCAAAAUUGAUUCCGUGGCCAAUUUGUUCGAUUUGUCAAGCUCCUCCCAGGUUCCAUUUUUUCUGUGUAUUUGAAGUUGUUGAAGCUGAAACAGAGAUGUCUAGGAAUUAUGACAACUGGGAGAGGUUGGUGAGAGCUGUGCUACGGCGAGAGCAUGAUCGGGAAGUGGCCCGUGCAGAUUCGAGAAGCACAAGCUCCAGUUCCAUUUCCAUAUCUUUGGAUUUUGAUGAACUAUCAUUGAGUUUGCCAAGAGAAGAACUUGAAAAUAAGAGAAAUGACGGGAAACUACUGGUUGUUGGCAAAGCACCGAAAAAAAGGGACCUAUAUAAAUGGACAGAUGCACUUAAACGGCUACAGAGGUCUAGAGCUACCAAUCUUGAUGGAAUGCUGAAUAUCGUGUACGAUAGUAUAAGAUUGAGCUACGACUAUUUGAUAAGUGAUGAACACCGGGACUUGCUUUUGCUAUGUUCUCUAUUCGCUGAAGAUGAAAGUAUUCCAAUUGAAAAUUUGGUUAGAUAUGCAAGGGGGCUAGAGUUGUUUAAAGAAACCGAGACACUCUGCGAAACUCGAAACCGAGCAAAGACAAUUGUCGAUAAUCUAAAAGGUUAUAAUUUAUUGCAGCCAGGUAAGGUGGAAGACGAGGUGAAAUUGCAUUAUGUUAUCAGAGAUUUUUGCUUACAUAUGGCAAGGAAAGAAAAAGGUGGAUAUAUGGUGAAACAUGCUGGUUUGAAAGAGUGGCCAGAACAUGAUGCUGAUGAAUCGUGCAUUGCCAUCUCAAUUACAUUUGAUAAGCUGGAUCAGCUUCCCAGCUGGUUGAAAUAUCGGAACGUUGAGUUGUUACGGGUGAUAUGUCGCAGGUUGGGAGAAUGUAACAUUUCCGAANAUCGGAACGUUAAGUUGUUACGGGUGAUAUGUCGCGAGGUGGGAGAAUGUAACAUUUCCGAAGAAUUUUUCGAAGAUAUGAAAGAUCUCAGAGUUCUUGAAUUGAAAGGGAUGUACUUGCAAAUUCCAUCAUCAAUCCAAUUAUUGCCGGGUCUUCGAACUCUGUGCUUGAUUGGCUGUAGAAUACAUUCUCAAUUAUCAAUGAUUGGGAGUCUAAAGACGUUGAAAAUUCUCUCUUUCUAUCAGUCUUUCGUUGAUUAUUUUCCCAUUGAGUUAGCGAAUCUUAGCAACCUAAGGUCACUUGAUUUGAGGUUUCAGGAGUCGUCCUGUCCACUUCGACCUGGUGUUUUCUCGGGUAUGAAGAAACUGGAAGAGCUGUACUUGGGAGGUAGCAUUCCAAUAGAAGGUGAAGACCAAAGGUACAUAAUUGAAGAGUUAAGUUCAUUGACUUCUCUUCAUACUUUCGAAAUUUCCACACCUAAUCCGAUUCUGAUGCAAAUAUUAAAAGCACGGUGCCUUGAGAAUCUGGAAAAUUUUGAAAUCAAAACCUCGUCACUAAGUUAUACUGGAAAUCAAUAUUUCACAAGGAGUUUGAGUCUCCGAGACAGUAUUGAGGCAAGUAUGCUUUUGCAACCCGUAUUUAACUCGUUGAUGAAGAAGACUUACCAUCUUCAUAUUCGAUUUGCCAAGGUACUGAAGAAUGUUGUGAGUGAGUUAGAUGGAGAUGGUUUCAUUAAAUUGAAGACACUUAUUCUAUCAAGUGGUGAUUUCGAGUAUCUUAUUGAUGUCACCAACUCUAUUCCAAAUGGCACCUUCGGUAAAUUGAAGUCUCUCGAACUGGGGAAGUUACCCAAGUUAAUAGAGAUAUGCAAUGGAAAUCUUCCAAGGGGUGUCAUCAAACCUCAAUUGUUCUGUAACCUUGUGAGCAUUGAGAUGUUUGAUUGUGAUGCAAUUAGAAGCUUGUUUCGGCAGUCAGUUGCAUACAACUUGAUUCUCCUUUCUGAUCAACGGGAAGAAAACUGGGUUGAUUACUCGUUUACACAGAUGCCCAUUAUCACCAUAGUUGGCCAUUCUUAA